GGAAAUACGUCCUGGUCUCCUACCAACGAAGAAGAAAAAGUAAAUUGCAACAUGGCGACUCCCAUGCAUAGAAUAAUAGCCAGGAGGCAAGCGGAGGCGAACAAACAACAUGUGCGUUGCCAGAAGUGUUUGGAGAUGGGACACUGGACGUACGAGUGCUCGGGGAAACGGAAAUAUGUGCACAGACCAUCAAGAACAGUUGAGAUGAAAAAGAAACUCAAGGAGAAUGAAAACAAACCCCUCAGCAUCACCGGACCAGGAAGAGAAGGCUCCAGUGAGAAGAAAAUUAAAAAGAAGGCUAAAGACUCCAGCGACAGCAGCAGUGAUUCAGACGGCUCCUCCAGUGACUCAUCAUCAGACAGCAGCGACUCCUCCAGCUCCUCUUCAGAUGACAGCGACAGCAGCAGUGACAGCGACGAUGACAGCUCUUCCUCCUCCACCUCUUCCUCCUCUUCUUCGUCCUCAGACAGCUCAGACUCAGGGAGCAGCAGCGAUUCAGAUCAAGGACCUCCAAAGAAGAAGAAAAAGAAGAAAUGAAUAAAUAUGUUCGCAUUAGUGGGUUUUGUUGUUUGUUUCCCUGAGUAAUUUUAGCAGUACACACUUUUUUUUCCGUCAUGGUUGGUUGGGUUUGAAUGGAUAGGACACCCUUAGGGUUGUAAAUCCUACAGUCGCAUACUGCUCGUAUAGUUUUAGCAAAAAUGGAGAUCAAAAAGAAAAUAUUAUUUUGGGUUGCCCAUUGUGUCAGGUUCUUUUUUCAAAACAUAUUUCCCCUGUUGCUUCUGUUAAUGUGAUAUUUUCCCAAGUUUGUAGGCCUACUGAGGAUAUACAUUUUUAAAUAUCUGAGGAAACUAAUGUGCAUAUUUAUGUCCAGUUUGUGAUUUUUGUACUAAAGUAUAUUUUUAGUCAAAGUUAAUCUGUACAGCUCACAACCUUAAUAAAGCAACACCAUAUAUUGAAAAGACACUGAUACGAGACCUUUUAAAGGAUACUGAAUAAAAGUUUUGUUUGUCAAAUUUUAACUUAGUUUGAAAUUAGACAGUCUUGUUGCUAUGACAUUGCAGUUGCUUGUUUCCCUGUAAAAUAAACUUGGCUUGUUUUUAUUUUUAA